AAUAGUAUCAUUUACACGCCUGCCUCCUGGGAAGCGCUCUGUUGAUCAGACUCGCUCCUUGAUAAUCCGUGCUACUCCUCGCGCCUACUGUCCAUCAAUUGCAUCCACCCCUUCCCCAAGGACAGGACAUUUUUGCAUUCAGUUACCUCUCCUCCAGCUACCAUUGUCAACAUGUACGCUCGCACCGCAAGACCUAAGCUCUCUUUGAGCAUCUCUGCUGCACAGAACGCUUCCCGCCAGCCUUUGCCCCUCAAGUCUCCAAGCACGGUCCCGCGCACUCCAAUUUCCCCUGCCAGCCCGGGUGCAAAGCGGUUCUCGUCCUUCCAAGUGCCUAGCUACUCCUAUAACAACGUCUGCUCAUCCAAGGGGAUCCUCAAGAAACAUUCAGGGGGUGCCGCAAGCCACGCAGAGAAACGGAUUCAAUUCAAAGGCACUCCAACCGUCCACUGUGUGACCCCAAUUGAGAAUCCCGAGGAGUAUUACGGCACCUAUACCAAAUUGUCGCGCGAAGAGCGCCGUUGGAUCGUGCGAGAAUGAAGGCGUGGCUGAUAGCGCUAUUCCCUAUCAGCAAAUCAAUACAGCGACCAAAGGCAGAUCGGCAGGUGCUCUGGGCCGGGUACCCGAGCGUAUCAAUCAGGGUCUUCACGAUGCCGUGAUCUCCGCGUGCCUCCGGCUUCGACUCGGCCGUGACAAGUCAAUCAUGCGCCUG